UUCUUGCAAAAACAAUUUGCUUUGUCCAACGUCAGAAAAAUCAACAUCCUUAUCCCCAUUUUUUCCUAUUCAUCAGCCUUGUUAUUUCUUUGUUCUUCUUCUAUAGCAAUCCACUUUUGAGUACUCUUUUUUGGAUAUUGAGAGGAAAAAAAUAAUCAAGAAACAACGUUGUUAUUCUCAUAUCUUGCCUUUGUCAUGGCGUCGAUUGCUCCGCCGCCGACAUUUGAUGUAAACCCUCACAAAUUCAACUUCUCAAACCCUAAAUUCACUUCCCGAAUGAAGCGUUCAUCUUCCUCCUUCACUCUUUCAACCUCUCAUUCUCUCUCUAGGGUUUCCGGUUCCGCUUUCUGUUGCCGUUGCCGGAACGGUACCGGUGAUGGUGAGACCGUUGAGCCAUCUCCAUCGCCAUCUGCUUCUUCUCAGAAUAGUUCAUCUUCUUCUUCUUCUUGGAGAUGGGAUUUGGCGUUUCAAGAUGCUGUUAAGAACGUGAUGAAAAAGUUGGAUGAUUAUGUGAAUCGGUCAAAAGGAGUGGGACUUGCUGAGAGGAACAGUGAAACAGGUCUUGAUGGUGAAGAAUGGGAUUGGGAACGAUGGAAAAAGCAUUUCACUCAGGUUGAGGAGGAAGAACGACUGGUUUCCGUUUUAAAGUCACAAUUGGCUCAUGCUAUUAGUAGAGAAGAUUAUGAAGAUGCUGCUAGACUCAAGGUGGCCAUUGCGGCAGCAGCUACUAAGGAUAUUGUUGGAAGAGUGAUGUCCCAUGUAAAUAAAGCUGUAGAAGAAGAACGCUACAGGGAUGCAGUAUUUAUGCGUGAUUGUGCUGGUACAGGAUUGGUUGGAUGGUGGGCUGGAACUUCAGAAGAUGUUAGUGAUCCAUAUGGCCGCAUUAUUCAUAUAAGUGCUGAGCAUGGAAGAUAUGUCGCGAGAAGUUACAGUCCACGCCAGCUUGCUUCGACCGUGGAAGGUGCCCCUCUCUUUGAAAUAUUUCUUACCGUGGAUAAUAAAGGUGAAUACAGGCAACAGGCUGUUUACUUGAAGAGAAAGCCAGUUCAGCAAGAUUUACCUUUUCCUUCUUCAAAGCUACCUGGUGCUUCCAGUAACUUGGACACUCUUGGUCCCUCUGAACACAAAAGUGAUAUGUUUGAUAAAAUCUCAGAUGCUGAGGAAGAUGGUGAAGACAGGGAUGAUGAUUUUGGCUUUCAGAAUGCAUUGAAAGACAUGAUUCCAGGAGUACAGGUCAAGGUUUUGAAAGUGACAGCUCCAGGGAAGGUAGAUAGAGAUCUAAUAUCAAAGGUCAUUGAGCAAAUUAUGGAUGAGGAAGAUGAAGAUGAAGAAAAGGACUAUGAUUUGGACAGUGUGGAUGACGAAGAUGAAAUUAAGGUGGAAAGAGAUGGAGAGCAGAAUGUGAUUGAAUUGGAUAGAGACAAUGGGGUUAGUGAUGGUGAAGAGCAGAGCCAAAUUGCAGUUAGGGUGGUUGUUGGUGGUCUCAUGCAAAAUACCUCAAGUGGUGCACAGCAUAAAGACCUGCUUCGAGUACCGGCGAGGCUAGAGAAAAAGGGUCACCUGUCAUUUACUUUCAGUAUAGAGGAAGAUGAGAACAAAAGCAAUUCCUCUGGCAGUGGACAAUCUCCCCCAAAUAAGAAGGCUAGACUCCAAGGUCAACGUAGCUUGGAUCAUGUGAUGGUUGAUCUUGCAAAGUUCAUCGGCAAGGGGAAAAUACCUAUGAAGGUCCUUAAAGAUAUGGGAGAGUUGAUCAGCCUCACUCUUACUCAGGCACGAAAUCGUCAGCCAUUGUCAAAGUCAACCACCUUUAACCGCAUUGAGAUUUCAGCAUCUCCGGAUCCACUAAAUGGAUUAUAUAUUGGUGCUCAUGGUCUGUACACUUCGGAAGUCAUCCACUUUAGGCGAAGAUUUGGUCAGUGGAAAGAAGACGGUAGCACUAAGGAGUCGUCACGCUUAGAAUUUUACGAGUAUGUUGAAGCUGUAAAAUUAACUGGAGAUUCUUAUGUGCCAGCUGGUCAGAUAGCAUUCCGUGCAAGAAUCGGUAAAAAAUAUCAACUUCCACAUAAAGGGAUUAUUCCAGAAGAAUUUGGUGUGAUUGCUCGAUACAGGGGACAAGGAAGGCUGGCAGAGCCUGGUUUUCGAAAUCCCAGAUGGGUUGAUGGUGAACUGGUUAUCCUAGAUGGAAAGUACAUUAAAGGAGGGCCUGUUGUGGGUUUUGUCUACUGGGAUCCUGAAUAUCAUUUCUUAGUGUUCUUUCAUCGGCUUAGGCUGCAGGAGUAAACAUCUCUGUAGAUACAGUUUGUGGCUGUUUGUUCUUGGUUCAGUUCUUUGUAGUCAACAUGAUAUCUAUUACCACAUCCUUGUCAGUUUGAGCUGAAGAGAAGAAUCAAGAUUUCGUUUGAAUAUGAAGUCCUGGGCAACUGACUGUUUUAGUAGCCAUCAUAAAGCUUUUUGCAUUAUGUGGAACUAACAGCCAUUUUUGAGUUGAUAGCCCCCCAAAAUUUCUCUGGUCUACCAAAUGGUCAGGCCUACUAGCAUUUUCUUAGGGCACUGAGCUUGUACAUAUAUGCUCAUUAUGUUAGUAUUCUUUUUCAGUUCUUUUUUUAUUUUUAUUUUUUCCCCGUCAGUGAACAUUGUAGUACUAUUUAUGCGAGAGCACCUUAAAAAAAUUUGGAAUUUAUUCUCUAAAUAGAAUCCUUAGAUAGAACGUGUAUAUUGGCAAGUA